UAUUUUUUGUUUACAUUUGUCGGUGCCGUCGGUUAAAAAAUCUAUAUUUUGCGCGGAAGAAAGACAAAACAAAGAAGUUUUAGGAUGAAGUGUACUGUCAAGUUCAAAUUAAACCAGGUAGCCUGUCCUGGUACUUUACAUCUUUCUGAUAGAAACCCCGUUUUUCUUUCAAUCUAUCUAUUCGGACGAUACCAUCGAACUCAACAUGUGUAUCCUUCAUUCCCCAUGACAUUUAACUCAAAAUUGAAAUUUCAAAGGAUUUUUACAAAUGCUAAAACACCAGAACAAGUUUUGGAGAUAUUGGAAGAUGAAAGCAUCUUAAUUGAACUAAGGCAGCACACUAAGGGCUACAAGGGGGGUCAUGUUCUUGCUGUGUACGAGGAAUCAGCGAGAAAAUUUUUAUAUCCAUCCCCAAGUUAUAUACCUCGUGAAGAUCAUUUGAAACGUGAAAUCCUGUUGACUCGAACAAAACAUUUUUCAAAUGGAAGGGGAUUAGAUCCACAGCUUACAUUUCGUACCAAGACAUACAUCGAAGAAGCACCAUCUGUUAUCUUAACAACUCCAAACUUCACUAUUAGUAAACAAUUUCCAACUAAAGCUCAUUCCGCAACUGUAUCGCACGCUGGUGCAUCUUCAGCAAGAAGAAAAAAAUGUUCAAAAAAGAAAAAUAUCCACCACUCGUUACCUCUGCCUGCUAACCUUGAGUUUGAUGAAAGUUGCGAUUCUCACAACACUAAAGAAAUCGGAACCCAAGUUUAUCCUCGCAGUCCCAACACUGGACAACCCGUGUAUAGACAUUGCAUAUGUGACUGUCCAACGUUGCGUGACCGAGAUUUUGAUCUUGACGAUUGGAUACAAUCGCUUUCAGUAAAACAUAAGGAGGAGUCAUCGCGGAGGAAACCAUUCCGUACAGGUAGAGCUUCAAAUGAAUUGAUUGCAAAACGGGAAUUUGUUUCGCCAUCAAACAAAGAAGUGAGAUCGUACAAUGAGGCAUUGUGUAAACAGUGCCUAGUGCCAUCAAAGAAAUGUGUCUUGUGCAACGCUUACAAAACAGUUUAUGGCGAUCAAUCUUUCUUGCAACAUAGAUUCGACAGAUAUCAUAAAGAUUUAACUAUAAAUAGAUGUAAACCUCGCACUCAGUCUCCUUCACGUUACGGAUACACUAGCAAAGUGUCUCCUACGCAGGUACGAAAAUGUAGCCCUUACACAGAUACCAAUAAGAUACCAAUAGGCACGCCCUUGCGAAAAGAACAUGAUGAAAGUAGCUCGGAUGAAGAAGAUGAUUGGUGGAAAAAUUAUAAAAGUAGGCGCUUUCAAAGUGCACCAAAAGCUCGACCUAGGCCUCUUCCCAAUGAACAUUUAACACCCGAUGUAGAUAUCAUUGGCAGGCGUGUUACGUCACCGACGCUGCGAUCACGGAUUUUUACACCUAAGGAGGAGAGUUACACUGCAAAAAAUGCAAAGGAGGAGGCAUAUUCGAUAGAGUCAGCUCGAAUUCAUCAAAGAAUCAAGGACUUGAUGAAGAAAAACAAUUCAGUACUUCAACAUGACUUAUCAUCUUCAGAAAGUAUAACGGACGACGAUGACUACUAUGAGGAUAUCGAAGCUGUGGUGGAACCAUCUUUGACGGGAUCGAGGUUUUUAAACAAGACAUCUCCAUCAGGAAAUUCAAGCAGGAGAAAGAUGCCGACAAAAAGUGUUGUUACUCCAGUUGGUGGUGGAAAAUAUUGGUCAAGUGAGUCAAUACAUCGUCGAGACGACCUGAACCACCGAGACGUGUUAGAUUCUAGCCUUAAAGCCAUUUACCAGGAUUUAUAUGAGAAGACAUUAAAGAAUAAAUAAAUAAAAUAAUGAAUUGGAUGUUGAUGGCCUGUGUAAUUGAGUGGACGAGAUGUCAUUCGGUUAAACCAUUUUUAUCGUGUAGUGAACCUUUCAUAUUUUGCACUCUCAAGUGAAUGAGCAAUUUAUUCGAGUGAUCGAGUCUUCGGUCCGCUGACUAUUCGAGAAAACGUAGUGCAAACAAAGUAGCCGGUAUAUAGGCAGAAAGACAAAUAUUUGAAAUUUUACACACACGUUUUUAAUUUAUUAAAUAAGUUGUAUAUUUCUCAAAUUAUUUUGCCCAUUUUGUUACCAGUACACAGAUUGGUCACGAAAUGUGUUUUAUUUUAAAUUAUAUUUAUUCACACAAGGAGAAAUCAUUUAAAGCC